GCAGUAUUCCAGUUUGUGUUGCCUGAAUCAAGAGAGAAUCAGGAUGUGGCUGCCUUCUUCAUACCUAAUUACGCUUAUUUUAGGAUUUCUGGGGCAAUAUGUGGCUUUUGCACGACAAGAUGUGACAACUGAUUUAUUUGGGUCAGAAAAGUAUGGAACUAUCGCUGCCUUUGGUGAUUUUAACUCGGACAAACAGACUGACAUUUUCAUCAUCAAAGAACAGUCUGAACUAGUGAUCUUUUUGGCUGAUCUGAAAGCACCCUACUUCAAGCCAAAAGUUCGUCUUGGCGAAGGUGACAUCCCAAAUGACAUGGCUAUUACUAGUGUUGUCCCUGGUGAUUACGAUGGAGACUCCCAGAUGGAUGUGUUGCUCACCAUGUCCAAAAAAGGAAAAGACGCCUCUGACACCACAGUGUUUGUCUUCUGGGGAAACAACCAGACUUUGGAUAAAUCAAGGGUUGAGCUGAACAAGACCUUUUUGGACCAGCCUCUGGUUAUGGAUUUUAAUGGUGACAUGGUCCCAGACAUCUUCGGAGUGGUUGGUGUUGCCACACAAGUCUGUUAUCUCAAAGAAAGGCAGGUGAUAUGGCGGGAUGCUCUUGGCAGUGACGUUAAGAUGCGAGUUCCCCAUUCCAAUGCCUUUAUUGACCUCAAUAAAGACUUCACUGCUGAUCUCUUCCUCACCAUCAAGGACAAUGGAUUUCAGACGUGGUUCAAUAAGGAUGGGAACUUUAGUGAAAGUGAAAGUGUCCGCAAGGCGCCAGACAACGCCAAGAGAGUGGGACAGUCCUCGUUUGUUGACUUUGAUGGCGAUGGCUUCCAGGACCACCUGCUGCCCGUGUGUCUGGACGACACCUGCACCAAGAGUGCCAUCUUGAGCAAGCCUGGGGACGCACAGGGGAGUUGGGUGUCCGUGCUGACUGACCUCCAGUGGAAGGGGACGCUGUGGGGCUUCGUGCCCGGGGACCUGAGCAUGCCCAUCAGCCUGCACAUGGGCGACUACAACCUGGACGGCUUUCCCGACGCCCUGGCCAUCCUCAGGAACACCAGUGGGGGUGGGCAGCAGGCCUUCCUGCUGGACAACGUGCCAUGUGACGAGGACAGCUGCCAGGGUUUGGGCCGCAUGUUCCGGCCACACUGGGAGCAGCCGGACCUCAAGGCCAUCCCUCAGGCGCGCCUCGCCACCUUCUUCGACAUCUACGAGGACGGUAUAUUAGACAUGCUCAUCCUGAGCAAAGAGGAGGGGAAGGCGGACCUCACCAUCCACGCUCUCAAGAACAACUUUGAGGCGGAUGCCUACUUUGUCAAAGUGAUCGUGCUCAGCGGUCUUUGCCCCAAGGUGUGUCCAGACAAUGUGAAGCCAUUUGGUGUGAAUCAGCCCGGUCCUUAUGUCAUGUACACCUCGGUGGACUCCAAUGGCUACUUGAAGAACGCCUCUGGUGAGUGGGACCCCUUCUUUUAUCAUUCCUUUCUUAUUUACACACUCCUCUGUGGCUCUGAAACUGAC